UUGGGGAAGUCUCAUAUACCAACUUAAAAAAAUAUAUCGAUUUGUUGGUGUUAUCUGGAAAUAUGGAGAGCUUUAUCACCAUGACUUGAAAGCAGAAGAAAUGUGUCCUGUGUCUUUAAGAGCUAUGAAUGCAGGGGCUUUAGGUGAUGGAGCAGUAGACUUGUUUGGAUCCGUCCGGGCUGCAGCCUUCCAGCACUAUUUACUAAAGCUGCUGACUUUACAGUAGAAUAAAAUCCCCUCUGGCUCCCGGGUAACCUUCACUUUACCUGGGAGCUCUGUAUCUCUUACCAACACCUAGCCUGGGUCUACAUCAUUCUGCAACAGCCAGCAAAAUAUUGGCAGCAAGAACAAUAAAUCAUCUUUUUUUUUUUUUAUUGGCAAACGAAAAGCAAAUUAAACAACACCCAGAAUAUCCUGUAAUAAAAUCUAAAAAAAAUGGUGUAAGGUGAAAAAAGGAAAUGUGAGGUCUCAGAAGAAUUGAAUGCUUGUUGUUUUUAUUUGACUUAAAUAGAGAACACGUUACACUGACGAGUGACGACUACAAACAAGUCACUGAUCUGGACCAGACUGGAAAAUAAAUGUAUUUUCACAAGUGCUGUGGAGAUUUGGUUUACUGUGAGUGAAUACGUUGGCGAAAAAGAAUUAGCGACGACAACACAGAAAGGAAUCAUGAAACUUUAAGUUCUAGCUGUUAAAUGUUUCCUUUGUGUUGGUCUCAAAAAACACAAAGUUAAGGAUGGAACCUGCAGAUAAAAGGUUGUCCAGAGUAACCAUCCUGCAUGACUAUGUUGGUUGUCGGACUUAUGAGGUGCCCCCGUCUAUUGUCAUUGGAGAGAUCAAGCAUUUGAUCUAUGGGGAUACACAUUUUCCUGUUUCUGAACAACGAUUACUGCUCUACAAUAAAGAGCUAUGCGACAAUACAAGGAUUGGAGACCUGGCUUCAUCAGACCCCACUUUAUUCCUAAAUCUACAAUCAAAAGGGCUCAAAGGAGGAGGUAAAUUUGGACAGACAACCCCUCCACUUGUUGAUUUUCUUAAGGACAUAUUGAGAAGAUACCCAGAGGGAGGACAAAUCCUAAAGGAAUUGAUUCAGAAUGCUGAAGAUGCUGGAGCCAGCGAAGUCCGCUUUAUGUACGAUGAAACAAAAUUUGGCACCGAAACGCUUUGGUCAAAAGAUAUGGCUCAAUAUCAGGGCUCUGCACUUUAUGUCUACAACAAUGCAGUUUUCACACCUGAGGACUGGAGUGGGAUUCAAGAAAUAGCAAGAAGUCGAAAAAAAGAUGACCCUCUGAAAGUCGGGCGAUUUGGAAUCGGGUUUAAUUCUGUCUAUCACAUAACAGAUGUUCCCAGUAUUUUUAGUGGUAAUCAGAUUGGGAUGUUGGAUCCACAUCAGUUACUGUUUGGACGCCACGAAUCAGGCCAGUGCUGGAAUAUUAAAGAUGACGGCAAAGAAAUAAGUGAGCUGGUGGACCAAUUUGCACCAUUCGUUGGAAUUUUCGGAAGCUGCAAGGAAACACUUACAAGAGGUCAUUUUUCUGGAACAAUUUUUAGGUUCCCGCUUCGGGUCCAACCUUCUUUGCUGAGCAGCAACCUUUAUAACAAAGCAAAGGUUCUGGAACUCUUUGAGUCAUUUAGAGCAGAUGCAGGUACAGUGCUUCUUUUCUUGAAGAAUGUGCAGAAGGUUUCUCUGCAUGUUCGAGAAGCAGAUGGCACAGAAAAACUUCUAUUUCGGGUGACUGCUAGCGAAGACAAGUCACUGAAACACGAGAGGCCCAACUCCAUCAAAGUACUCGAGACAGCAAUAGACAGCUACUGUAAAAAGGUUCCUAGCAACAGUGUAACCUGUGUAGCAUAUCAUGUAAAUAUUGACGUGGAGGAUGAAACUGUCAAGGAGAUACAGAGGUCAUCAUGGCUGGUUUGCAACAGUGUUGGAGGCCGGGGUAUAUGCAAUGAAUUAGACUGUCUUGCUGAUGACUUAAAAUUUGUUCCAACAAUUGGAAUAGCCAUGCGUCUUUUCAAUAAUGGAGGAGAAAAGGGGACUGAAACAGAAUUUAUAGGGAGGGCUUUUUGCUUUCUUCCGUUGCCACCAGGGGAGGAAAGCAAAACAGGUCUUCCUGUUCAUGUUAGCGGGUUUUUUGGUUUGACUGAUAACCGUAGGAGCAUAAAAUGGAGAGAACUGGAUCAGUGGCGAGAUCCUGCUGCACUUUGGAAUGAACUUCUAGUAAAGAAUGUUGUGCCAAAAGCAUACACCACACUUAUUUUAGAAGCAAUCAAGAGAAUGAGUAGAGAACAAGGCCCAGAUUUCCGUCUGUCGCCAGAAAGUAUCUACAGAGUGUGGCCUGAUGUGAAAAAAGUAAGGACUCACUGGAAACCGGUCAUCGAGCCACUGCUGAAUGAGUUAUUCCAGCACGCGGUGAUUUAUUCUGCCAAUAAGUGCUGGUUGAAAGAAGCUGAUGUCAAUUUUUCAGAACUUGAUGAAAGUAAAGAAUACUCACAAACAAUCCUGAACUACCUCCAGACCUCAGGGACUCACACAGCUAAGGUACCAAGUAAUGUUGCUGCUGCAUUCCAAGUUCCUAUCAAUAAUUCAAAACAGGUGAAAAAGGUGACACCAGCACUCGUGCGUCAGGUAUUAAGAAAGUCAGCACACAGAGGAGACACUCAUGAGAAACUUCAUCUACUUGAGUUCAUACUCAGUGAUGAGGUCUACAGUGAACUUAUCGGACUUGAAUUGCUUCCCUUGCAGAGUGGGAGAUUCAUUCCUUUCUCUUCAUCUGUAUCAGAUAAAGAUGUCAUUUACAUAACCUCAGAGGAAUUCCCGAGAACAUUGUUUCCAGGUCUAGAAGGAAGACUUCUUUUGGAUAAUCUGAAGCCUGAGAUUAUGUCAGCUUUGAAGGAGGCUUCUACCAGUCGAGGGAGAUUGUGCACUCAGCUACAACUUCUGAAUCCUGAGCGUUUUGUACGUCUUAUUAAGGAGGCUAUGAAUAUGCUAUGGCCUACCAGAGACUUGGUUGUUAAGUGGUUUCCAGGCAAGGAUAAAAAACAUCCUGCUAUAUCAUGGAUUAAAAUGGUCUGGAAGAUAUUAUACAUGCAUUUUUCUGAAGAUUUAUCAUGCAUGGAUGAUAUGCCACUUAUCCCUACCAAAAUGCUAGCAGAGGAGGAAACAUCAUUGGAACUCAUUCGACUUAGGACACCUUCACCUGUAAUGUAUGAUGAUGAAUCUGACACUCAACUUCCAGAACAUUUACCUGAAAUAAUUAAGAAUCUUGGAGGAAUUGUGAUGAAGAAUUUAGAUCCUUCUGUUCAGCAUCCUCUUCUUAAAAGAUAUGUUUAUCCGCCUACUCCCAGUGCUCUCCUUCAGAUAAUGGAUAGGAUGUCUUUGCAGAAACUGUCCAGCCAAAUUGCCUCAUUAAGUCCAAUUCACAAAGAUGCGUUAAGGCGAUUUCUUGCUAGCUUAACUGACAUUAAUGACAAAGAAAAAAAAAUUAUACAAGAGUUAACAGUAUUUCGAAGAAUUGAGCUGUCAUCGCAACAACGAGAUGCUUUCGUUUUCUUGAGAGGCUGCAAAGUUCUCCACCAUAAUGCCAAACUUCCACCCAACAUCAAGUUGUCUUUCCCUAUAAUCGAUAGCAGUGAUGAAGAAACAAUACGUUUGGCCAAGAUGCUCAAAGUGGAACAUUUGAAAACUACAGACUGCCUAAAAAUUAUCUUACAAGAUACAGAAAAAGGGUUUUAUUCCAAAGAAGAGAGAACAAAUAUUAUGCUCUGGGUCCUUGAAAAUCUGACUUACCUAAAAAAUGAAAAUUCUGCUGUUAUUUAUUGGCUAUCCACUCUUAGAUUUAUACCAAUAUUGAAAGACAAAAUGGUGGCACCAAAUGAACUUUUUGAUCCAGAAGUGGAUAUUCUCCAGAAUCUUUUCUGUGGUGAAGAUCAGAUGUAUUUUCCACCUGAGGCUUUUUUAUCGUCAGAUGUUUUGCACUCACUGAGGCAAAUAGGUUUGAAAAACGAGUCCCACUUGUUGGAAAAAGACUUUGUCCAGGUUGCAAAGAAAAUUGAGGCUUUGAAUUCUGCAUCUACCACAAAUGAUGUUAUUGUCUUAAGAAAAUCAAAAACAUUAUUAACUCUUCUGAAGAAAGAUUUCAAAUUACUACAGUCACCAGAAGCUAAAGCCAUUUUGAAAAAGAUCAAGUGGAUUCCUGCCGUCAAAGAGCGACCACCAAACUAUCCUAAUUCUUUGGUGUGGCUGGGAGACACUUUCAAACUCUACGCUGCUGGUGAAGUAUGUAACUUACAUUAUGCUGUUCUGGUUGGUUCCUCAGUUCCACUGGUAGAGAGCAUGAAUGGUACGAUUGAAAAAAUCCUUGGCAUUGCCAAAGAGCCCAACAUAGAAGCAGUACUAAAACAUCUAAAAGUUGUUGUUGACUGGAAUAAUUCAAAGACCAUUACAGAUGAAGAUUAUUACCAGUUUCAGCACAUUUUGUUGGAAAUAUACAGCUUCAUGCAAGGAUGUCUGGAAAAAGGCAAAGAAUUGAUUCAAGCAUUAUCAUUUUCUUGGGUUUGGACAGGAAAAACAUUUUGUUUCCCUCAACAAGCUAUAAUAUCAUCAAUUCAUAGCCUCGAUUUACAGCCCUAUUUGCACAAUAUCCCAAACACCAUGGUUAAAUUUAACAAAUUGUUCAGGUUUUGUGGUUCAAUUGAGCAACUGACUCCUGAACAUAUCUUUCUUGUCAUUAAAAAAAUAUAUGAGCAAAGUCAGCAGAAUUUGGACAAAGAGGAGAACAAGCAGAAUAUUGACAUUAUGCUGAACAUUGUGAGAUGGAUGUAUAGUCAUCAAAUUCCUACGAGCCUAGACAUUCCUUUACCUGUACACUAUAACAAAGACCCAUCAAAGCUUGUGAUGAAACCUAUCCAUGAAUGUUGCUACUGUGAUAUCAAAGUUGAUGACCUUAAUGACCUGCUUGAAGAUUCAGUCGAACCUAUAAUAUUGGUUCACGAAGAUAUUCCUAUGAAAACUGCAGAAUGGCUGAACGUGCCAUGUUUAAGUACAAGGCUAAUUAAUCCUGAGAAUAUGGGAUUUGAACAGUCAGGUCAAAGAGAACCACUGACUGUGAGGAUCAAAAAUAUUUUGGAAGAAUACCCAUCUGUAUCAGACAUCUUCAAAGAGCUACUUCAAAAUGCUGAUGAUGCCUCUGCCACUGAAUGUAAUUUUUUGAUUGAUAUGAGAAGGAAUAUGGAUAUUAGAGAAAAUCUUCUAGAUCCAGGGAUGUCAGUCUGUCACGGACCUGCUUUGUGGUCAUUUAACAAUUCUGAAUUUACAGACAGAGACUUUCUCAACAUAACAAGGCUUGGUGAAUCUUUGAAAAGAAGCGAAGUUGACAAAGUAGGAAAAUUUGGUUUAGGAUUCAAUUCAGUGUAUCAUGUUACAGAUAUUCCCAUCAUCAUGAGCAGGGAAUUUAUGAUAAUGUUUGAUCCUAAUAUUAAUCACAUUAGCAAACACAUUAGGGAUAAAUCUAACCCAGGAAUUAAAAUUAAUUGGAGUAAGCAGCAGAAAAGACUCAGAAAAUUUCCCAACCAAUUCAAACCAUUUCUGGGUGUUUUUAAUUGCCAUUUGCCCCUUGCAGUAGAAACUCCUUAUUGUUACAAGGGAACUCUUUUCAGACUGUCCUUUAGGACUCAACAAGAAGCUAAAGUGAGUGAAAUCAGUAAUACCUGCUACAAUACAGCAGAUAUUUACACUCUUGUGGAUGAGUUUAGCCUUUGUGGCUACAGAUUGAUUCUUUUCACCCAAAAUGUUAACUCAAUGGUCUUGAAAUACCUAAAACCUGAAGAAUCUGAUCCAGCUUUAUCCCAGGACACAGUAACAAUUAAAAAGUCAUUCUGCACAUCCCGGGUUUUAACAACACCUGCAAGAAUUUUGAGGGAAGCAGCAAAGGUGAUGCAUACUUGUAGUAUUACCAAAAAACUUCCAUCCGACAUGCCAAAGUCAUCUUGUAUCUUACAGAUUGUUGUUGAAGAGUACCAUCAUGUAUUCAGACGCAUAGUUGAUCUCCAUUCCCCACUAUUUAGAGGUCCAGAAGAUGACCCAGUGACCAUUUUUGAAAAUGCAAAAACUGGACAAUCAAAGAGGACCAAUGAUGAGCUGCCACAAAAAACGGUAGAGUGUACAUCAUGGCUAUUAUGUUCUUGCAUGGAUGUUGGUGAAGCAUUGAGAUUUGCACUUAAUGAAAGUGGACAACGACUUGGACUUGUUCCCUGUGGUGGUGUUGCAGUAAUGCUUUCUGAAAACCAAGACAAGAAAUGGAAUGUGAAACCCUUUUCCAAUAACAUUGGAGAGAUUUUCUGCUAUUUGCCUCUCAGAAUAAAAACAGGGCUGCCUUUUCAUAUCAAUGGUUGUUUUGCUGUGACCUCAAAUCGGAAAGAAAUCUGGAAAACGGAUACCAAGGGGAGAUGGAAUACUGUCUUCAUGAGAAAUGUUAUUGUUCGCUCCUAUCUUGAAGCAUUGUGUGUUUUACGGGACAUGUCAACAUCCGGUGAACUACUUAAUUACAGCUAUUACUCAGUGUGGCCUGAUCCAGACUAUGUGCAUGAUGAUUUCUCUGUAAUUUGCCAAGGACUGUAUGAAGAUAUUGCCAAAGGGAAAGGCAAAGAACGCAUGAAGGUGUUUUCUGAUGGGUCUUCCUGGGUUUCAAUGAAAAAUGUGAGAUUUUUAGAUGACUCACUGCUGAAAAGAAAAGAUAUUGGACCACCAGCCUUUCAGAUUUUCUUGAAGUACUUAAAAAAAACAGGGUUAAAAAACCUUUGUGCUGUAGAACUACCUUCUUGGGUAAAAAAUGGUUUCAUAGAGGCAGGCUGUACAGAUGUGUUACUUGAGAACACUUAUUCUGAAAGACAAUUUUUUUCAGAGGUAUUCUUUCCCCAUAUAGAUGAAAUCCAGCCAGAGUUACGAGAUCCAUUAAUGCUCUUUGUUUUAAAUGAAAGGCUACAAGAAUAUGGGGAAUUUUUGCAAAUGACACCAUGCAUUCCUUCAUCAAGCCCUGGUCAUCCACUUGUCCUUCCUUCAAGAUUAAUUCAUCCAGAAGGUAGAGUAGCUAAGUUAUAUUAUGACAGUGAUGGCAGAUUUCCUUUUGGAACUUGUCAAAAUUACCUAAACCCAGUAGUGCUGGUGAAACUUGUUCAGUUAGGUAUGAUAAAAGAUUACAUUUUGUGGGAGGACUUGAUUGAACGCAUUGAAUCAAUUGUAGAAGUCAAUAAAAGUGAUCACACAGCAGCAUGUUCAAGAAGCAAUAUUAUCUUAAGUCUUAUUGAUGAAAAGCUUAAACUCAGAGACCCAAAAGCUAAAGAGUUUUGCAAGAAAUGUCAGAGUAUUCCGUUCUUACCAUUCCUAUCAAAGCCUGCAGGAUUUUCCUUACAUUGGAAAGGAAGUGACUGCAAAGUUGAGGAUAUGUUUGCUGCAACAGAAUUGUACACAGCUGAAUACCAAGACACAGUUUGUCUACUCAAACUAAUUCUCAAUGAAAAUUCACCUUCCUUCAGGGGUUGUGGAUCUAUAUCCUUGGCGGUUAAAGAGUUUCUGGGAUUACUUCGAAAACCAUCCACUGAAUUAGUAAUUGAGCAACUAAAAGCAGUCUCCAAGUAUUCUGACGGAAUUACAUUGUACCAAGAGAAUAUUACAACUGCCUGCUAUAAAUUUCUUAGUGAAGCCAUUUUACAAAAUGAAGCCACAAAAACAUUGGUAGUUUCUGAGCUAAAGCCAUUCAAUUUCAUCCUAGUUGAGAACAUAUAUGUAAGUCCCGAAAAAGUUUCUUUCCAUCUGAAUUUUGAGGCAGCACCUUACCUCUACCAGCUGCCAAAUAAGUACAAAAACAAUUUUCGAGAACUAUAUGAAAGUGUUGGUGUAAAGCAGGCAUUUAUGGUAGAAGACUUUGCAGCAGUUCUUGAAGUUAUCACACGUGAAAGCAAAGGUAAAAAAAUAUCAGAUCAAAAUUUUGAGUUGUGCAGGAGGAUUAUUAGUGAAGGAAUAUGGGGACUUAUUCGUGAGAAGACGCAAGAAUUUUGCGAGGAAAAUUACGGUCAGAUACUACUGCCAGAUGUUAACCUUAAUCUCCUACCAGCAAAAUCUUUAUGCUACAAUGAUUGUCCAUGGAUUCGGGUAAAAGACACCGCUGUUAAAUAUUGUCAUUCUGACAUCCCUCGAGAAGUAGCAGUAAAGCUUGGAUCAAUACCCAAGAGACACAAAGCUUUAGAAAGAUAUGCUUCUAAUGUUUGUUUUACAUCACUUGGAAGUGAAUUUGGACAAAAAGAAAAACUUACCAGCAGGAUUAAAAGUAUUUUGAAUGCUUAUCCCUCAGAAAAAGAGAUGCUGAAAGAACUUCUUCAAAAUGCAGACGAUGCAAAAGCUACAGAGAUCUGUUUCGUGUUUGAUCCAAGACAACACCCAACCGACAGAAUAUUUGAUGAGAAAUGGGCACCUCUGCAUGGACCAGCACUGUGUGUAUUCAACAACCAACCAUUUACAAAUGAUGAUGUCAGAGGGAUUCAAAACUUGGGAAGAGGAACAAAGGAGGGAAAUCCAUGCAAGACAGGACAGUACGGUAUAGGAUUCAAUUCUGUGUACCAUAUCACAGACUGUCCAUCAUUCAUCUCUUCCAAUGACAUACUAUGCAUUUUUGACCCGCAUGCAAUAUAUGCCCCUGGUGCAACAUCCAUAAGCCCAGGUCGAAUGUUCCGAGAUUUGGAUGCUGACUUCAAAACACAGUUUUCUGAUGUGCUAAAUCUAUAUUUAGGAAAGCAUUUUAACCUUUCCCACUCCACCAUGUUCCGAUUUCCACUGCGAAAUUCAGAAAUGGCAAAGAAUUCAGAAAUAUGUUCAGCUCCUAGCUCAGACAGGAUGGUCCAAAACCUCCUUGACAAGUUGCGUACAGAUGGAGCAGAACUUCUCAUGUUUUUAAACCAUAUGGAGAAAAUAUCAAUUUGUGAAAUAGAGAAAUCAACUGGUGACUUAAAAGUGUUAUAUUCAGUAAGAGGAAAAAUCACGGAUGGAGACAGGCUAAAGCGUAAGCAGUUUCAUGCAUCUGUAAUUGAUAGUGUAACCAAGAAAAAACAAUUGAAAGAUAUACCUGUGCAGCAAAUUACUUACACUAUGGACAUUGAAGAUUCUGAAAACAAUUUGACAACAUGGUUAAUCUGUAACCGUUCUGGUUUUUCGAACAUGGAAUUGGUAUUGAAGGGUAUUAUAUCUGCUCACAAAAAUAAAGAUAUCACACUGUUUCCACGUGGAGGAGUUGCUGCUUGCAUAAGCCAUAAUUACAAAAAACCUUACAGAGCAUUUUGCUUCCUCCCCCUUUCUCUUGAGACGGGUCUUCCUUUUCAUGUCAAUGGUCAUUUUGCUUUGGACUCUGCACGGCGGAAUUUAUGGAGAGAUGAUGAUGGAGUUGGUGUAAGAAGUGACUGGAACAGCAGCUUGAUGAUCGCAUUGGUAGCUCCAGCUUAUGUUGAACUCUUGAUUCAGCUUAAAAAAAUUAAUUUUCCUGGUAACGACCCUACUGUUUCCAUUUUGCACAACACACCAAUUCAUGUUGUAAAAGACAUUUUGAAAAAGUUCUUGUCUUUUUUCCCUGUAAACAGACUUGAUUUACAGCCAGACUGGUACUGUCUUGUAAAGGCUGUAUACGUGUAUAUCCAUAAAGAUGCUAAACGUCUUUUACCUGUAGUACGGGCACCAAAUGUUGAUGGAUCAGACAUGCAAUCUGCUGUUAUCGUCACAUGGGUUAACAUGUCUGCAGUGAACUCUGGCAAGCCAUUCUUUGAUAACCUCCUUCAAGAUGAAUUGCAUCACAUGAAAAAUAUAGAGUACAACAUAACAACGAGAAAAACAGUAGCAGAAAAUGUUUACAGACUGAAGCAUCUUCUUUUAGAAAUCGGAUUCAAUCUUGUUUAUUACUGUGACGAGACAGCAAAUCUUUUUCAUUGCCUUGUUGAUUCUGGAAUCCCUGUUACCUAUGCAACCCCUUUGGACGUUCGAAAUUUUUUGAUGACGUUUUCAUCUCCUGACAGUAGUUGUCACAUCGGAAAGCUGCCAUGUCGCCUUCAGCAAACAAAUCUGAAAUUGUUUCACAGCUUGAAGCUUUUGGUUGAUUAUUGUUUGAAAGAUGCAGAAGAAAAUGAAAUUAAGAUCGAGGGACUCCCUCUGUUAAUAACGCUAGACAGUGUCUUACAGGUUUUCGAUUCCAAACAUCCAAAAUUUUUAACCACUUACCAUGAAUUAAUUCCAUCCCGUAAAGACCUGUUCAUGAACACACUGUAUCUAAGAUACAGCAGUAUUUUGCUGUCUUGCAAAGUAUCAAAGGCUUUUGAUAUCAACAGCUUUGCUGAGCUGUUGUCAUCUGUGCUGCCUAGAGAAUAUAAAACAAAAGUUGUUGUUCAGUGGAAAGAAAAUUUUGCAAGUGAAACAUGGCUUAAAAAUGCGUGGCAUUUUAUCAGUGAGGCGGUGAACGUCAAAGAUGAGCAAACUGACAUGAACACAACAUUUAAUACAGUGGUUGACACACUUAAAGAAUGGGCUUUACUUCCAGGCACAAAAUUUACUCUGUCCUCUAGUAAUCUUGUUGUACCAGAGGGUGAUGUAUUAUUACCACUGAGUCUAAUGCACAUUGCAAUUUUUCCAAAUGCACAGAGUGAUAAGGUUUUUCAUACCUUGAUGAAGGCAGGUUGUAUUCAGCUUGGGCUCAACAAAAUUUGUUCAAAAGAUAAUGCCUUGCUCCCUCUUUUGUCAACCCACUCUGCUAACAUUGACAAUCCUCUGAGCAUUCUAAAAGCCAUACAAUACAUGAUUCAGACUUCAACAUUCAAGACUGAAAAUCUAGCAGAGGCAGAUUUUGAUGCACUUUUAAUGUAUUUUAAUUGCAAUUUAAAUCAUCUGAUGACUGAUGAGGCUAUUAACAGUUUGAGGUCCCUUCCAUGUUACAAGUCCGUCAGUGGGCGCUAUAUUACACUGUCAAAAUUUGGAGCCUGUUAUGUUCUAACAAAAAGCAUACCCCCAGCUGAGGUGGAUAAAUGGUCUCACUCUUCAUCGUGUGCAUUCCUGGAAGAAAAAGUGAAUUUCAAAGAAUUGUAUAACGUUUUAAAAUGCGUCCCGGUUGAUGACCUAGAAAUUUAUCUAAAACACCUUCUACCCAAAUUUGAAAACCUUUCCUAUAAUGCAAAACUGGAGCACUUAAUUUACCUGAAAAAUAGAUUAUGUAGCGCUGAAGAAACGUCAUGUUUAAAAGACCAACUGUUUGCCAAACUGGAAGAUCUUUCAUUCAUUCAUGAUGCCAGUAAUCGUCUUAAGCCUGCCAAGCAUUUCUAUGACCGGACAGUGCGAGUUUUUGAAGUAAUGCUUGCUGAAAAGCUAUUUAUACCUUUGGAUUUCUUUAAAAAACUGGAACAAAUGACACAACCGAAGAACCAAGCUGCUUUUCUGUUAUCAUGGAUCAAGUUUCUUAGAAACAUUGGUCUUAAGCACAUCAUUUCCCAGCAGCAGAUGUUACAGUUUGCAAAAGAAAUUAGCAUGAGAGCAAACACUGAAAGCUGGACCAAAGAAAUUCUGCAGAAUACUGUGGAUGUUCUUCUUCACCACGUGUUCCAAGAAAGAACAGAUUUGCUGAUAGGAAACUUCUUAAAAGAGCUAUCUACUAUUCCCUUUCUAUGUCCGGAAAGAGCGCCUGCAGAGUUGGUACGUUUUCAUCCUCAAUAUCAAGAAGUAAAUGGAACAUUACCUUUAAUAAGAUUCAAUGGGGCCCAAGUAAAUCCAAAAUUUAAGCAAACAGAUGUAAUUCAAUUGCUAUGGACAUCGUGUCCUAUUCUUCCUGAAAAAGCAACUCCAUUGGGUAUUAAAGAGCAGGAGGGGACUAUCCUCGAUCCUCAAGAACAACUUGACCAGGUUUUGACAUUGCUUAAUGUAAAUAUUGACCCAUCCCUUGAUAAAGUCAUAAAUAAUUGCCGAAACAUAUGCAACAUAACCGUUGUGGAUGAGGAAAUGGUGAAAACACGAUCAAAGGUUUUGAGAAGCAUCUAUGAGUUUCUCAGUACUGAGAAAAGAGAGUUCAAGUUUCAGCUGAGAGGUGUUUCCUUUGUAAUGGUUGAAGAUGGGUGGAAACUUCUAAAACCCGAAGAGGUUGUCAUUAACCUAGAAUUUGAGUCUGAUUUUAAACCUUACUUAUAUAAGCUACCUUUGGAGCUUGGCACAUUUCACCAGUUGUUCAAGAACUUGGGAACUGAAGACGUUGUUUCAACAAAACAGUAUAUUGAAGUUCUUAGCAGAAUAUUUAAAAGUUCUGAGGGAAAACAGCUUGACCCUAAUGAAAUGCGCACAGUUAAAAGAGUUGUGUCAGGCUUGCUGAAAAGCCUUCAGAAUGAUUCAGCCAAGGUGCGUAGUGAUUUUGAAAAUAUUCGUGAUGUUGCACUAUAUCUGCCAAGUCAAGAUGGGAGGUUGGUGAAAUCAAGCAUUCUAGUCUUUGAUGAUGCCCCACAUUACAAAAGCAGAAUACAGGGCAAUAUCGGUGUUCAAAUGCUUGUUGACCUUAGUCAAUGCUAUAUGGGGAAAGAUCAUGGUUUUCACACAAGAAUUAUAAUGCUUCUACCCCAGAAAUUAAGACCACGACUUCUUAGCAGCAUCCUGGAAGAACAGCUAGAUGAAGAAACGCCUAAAUCGUGCCAGUUUGGAACACUGUGUUCUCUUCAAGGAAGAUUGCAAUUGCUGCUUUCGUCCGAGCAGUUCAUCACAGGACUGGUAAGGAUCAUGAAGCAUGAAAAUGACAACACCUUUUUAGCCAAUGAGGAAAAAGCCAUAAAGCUCUGCAAAGCCUUACGUGAAGGGUUAAAAGUAUCAUGUUUUGAAAAGUUGCAAACCACUUUAAGAGUAAAGGGAUUCAAUCCAAUCCCCCACAGCAAAAGUGAGACCUUGGCCUUUUUGAAGAGAUAUGGCCACGCUGUUAUCUUGCUUUACAUACAACACUCAGACAGCAAAGACAUCAAUUUCUUGCUGGCAUUAGCUAUGACCUUGAAAUCUGCAACAGACAAUCUAAUUUCUGACACAUCUUAUUUAAUUGCUAUGUUAGGAUGCAAUGAUAUAUACAGAAUCAAUGAAAAGCUUGACAGUUUAGGUGUCAAGUAUGACUCGUCAACCGAGCAGUCAAAACUUGAACUUCCAAUGCCGGGUACUCCAAUCCCAGCAGAAAUUCACUAUACACUUUUAAUGGAUCCAAUGAAUGUCUUCUACCCAGGGGAGUAUGUUGGAUAUUUAGUAGAUGCUGAAGGUGGAGAUUCUUUUGGAUCAUAUGAACCAACCUACACAUAUGCCAUCAUCGUGCAAGAAGUGGAAAAAGAAGAUGAAAACUCGGACUCCAUGGGAAAGUUUUACCAGAUUGAUAUUGGCUACAGUGAAUACAAAAUUGUAAGUUCCCUUGAUCUGUACAAGUUUUCAAGACCAGAAGAGAGUGCUCAGAACAAAGAUAGCACUCCUUCAACUCCAACAAGCCCUACAGAAUUUCCCCCUGCAGGUACACGCACACCACCAUCUUUUCCUGGCAAAGAGAGCAACAAAACAUCAUCUUCCAAGCAUCAGUCUCCUAAAAAGAUCAAGCUAAAUGCUUUGCCAGAAAUUCUAAGAGAAAUUACAACAAUAAUGGAACAAGCCUGGAAACUGCCUGAAUCUGAACGUAAGAAGAUUAUUAGGAGGCUCUACCUAAAGUGGCACCCAGACAAAAAUGCUGAAAAUCUAGACAUUGCCAAUGAAGUUUUCAAACAUCUCCAGAAUGAAAUCAAUAGACUGGAAAAGCAAGCGUUCGUGGAUCAAAAUGCUGACAGAGCUGCAAGAAGAACUUUCACAACAACCUCGGCAAGGUUUCAGUCAGAUAAAUUUUCAUUUCAAAGAUUUUAUACUUCAUGGAAUCAAGAGGCCACAAGCCAUAAGUCUGAAAGGCAACAAUACAAUGAAAACUUUUCUUCUUCCAUGGGGCCAAAUGAUUCUAAACGCUUUUUUGUACCACCCACCUUUAAGUCUGUGGGGAACCCAGUAGAAGCACGUAGGUGGUUAAGGCAAGCAAGGGCGAAUUUUUCCGCUGCCCGAAAUGACAUGCACAAAAAUGCUAAUGAGUGGGUGUGUUUCAAGUGCUAUCUCUCAACCAAGCUAGCCUUAAUUGCAGCCGACUAUGCUGUCAGAGGAAAGUCAGACAAAGAUGUGAAACCAACUGCACUUGCCCAUAAAAUAGAAGAAUAUGGCCAACAGCUUAGUGGUCUUACCAAUGAUGUGCAGACAUUAGAGGCAUAUGGUGUUGAUAGUCUAAAGACCCGGUACCCUGAUAUGCUUCCCUUCCCACAAAUUCCGAACGAUAGGUUUACGUCAGAUGUUGCAAUGAGGGUAAUGGAAUGCACUGCGUGUAUCAUUAUAAAACUUGAAAAUUUUAUACAAAAUAAAUUAUUGUAAAGAUUUCAGAGCAUAUUAUUCUUAUUAUGAAAAUGUAGCAGAUCUAAUUUACAUGCUACUUACAUACAUGCAUAAAUAAAAACGGUGUUUCCAUAGAGAUAUUCUGUAAUUAUAAAGUAGACGCUGGCACCUCAUGGCACGCUUGCAUUACAGAGCUACUUGUUUUGCAAUUGUCAAAAUAUACGCAACACUAUGUCAUAGUACUUUUUACACAUAGGGGUUUAUUCACUUAUUAGUGAGACAGUGAGUUGUUGAUGUGUGUGGCAACUAACAUGCAAAAUAGCCAAGUUAAAAAAAAAAUUGUUCUACUUCACCAAUAUGAUGAUGUUUUUUAGAACUGGGCUACGAGGCCUCAAUUUUGCCAGUUGAUUGCAAAACUCACACACUGAAUGUUUGUUUAGAGUAUACCUAUGCACUUUUGUGAUAUACAAAGUAGCAUGCUCUGUCCAAGUAAAGGGGCCAUGAAUGUUAUAUGCACAAAUGUGGACUGCAUUUUGAUGUACACUCAAGAGCUAAUUGUAGUUGAACAUGGAGCAACACGUUUCGAAACCGUUGUCAACUCAAAAUUAGUACAUUUAUUUUAAUAUAUAGCUACAGACAUGUUAAAUACCAAAUACCGGAACAAUUCCUGUGCUAAAAAACUGCACAAUUUAUGGGAGUGCCAUGGCAAACCACCCCUCCAGAGACACCCAUCCAAAUGCCCCUUAACAUAACAGCACAGAAAUGGAGUGUCCCAACUAGCUUAGUUGCACUUGUGAGCCAUGUCAAAUCCUGGCACACAUGAGACUGGGCUGGAGAAGGAGCACAGAAAGAAUGCCUUUAGUUUAGAAAUUCUGCCUCAAGACUUGUCUGUCUGUUUAUUGCAAAACUCACUGUGGCCAAAUGUUGAAAUUGAAGUAAAAGAAAAUUGUUAGAUUGUCCUACAUUCUAAAAAUUAGAACAGAACUUGCAGCAAUUUCCCCAAGUGCCAUUUUGCCCUACCACACCUCCAGGUGUAUAUAAAAUAAUUUAGAAGCAUGCACACCACGGUGGUACAGGCAAAUUGACUUUUCAUUUAAUAAACCUUGUUGUGAAUUAGUUGAAAGCGAACUCUACAUACUCUGAGUACUAGAAGGUUAAACAACGGUUUUAGUGCUACAGGUCGCUCAGAGCUAAUUUUCUGGCACCAGGACUAGUACAGCUUAAAGUAGUAGUUCUGGUGUCUACAGCCUGUCCCUGCAGGCUUUUCAAUGUACAAUAUUUUGAGAGGUAAAGGCAGUGUUUAUAUUACUGCCUAGUGACACCUCCAGUGGCAGUCACUCAGACGGCCACUAGAGGUGCUUCCUGGG